UGGAGAUGCAGCGGGGCACAUCCAUGUUUUCCUCUGCUCAUGUGUACGGCAGCGCCCGUCAAGCUGUCGCUGAAGCCGAGAGGAGCGCUCAUUAUGGGAGCUGCCCCUGCUGUCCUAUAUCAGCACCAGCCAGCAUUUCUCCAGUCAUCUCCAGCCAUGCUUCCAAGUGAACGCAGACUAAACACCGGCACACCACACAACCGAGGGGAAAGUGGCUUUAAGUCGUUAUUCAUGUAGUAAUGGAGAGAGGAUUCUAGCUGAACAGCACAAUCCACCAGGAAAUAGCCAGCUUCUGUCAACCUGAGUAAUGAAGCGAGGACGGACAGGUUUCAAAUCAAAGUGCCCGACCUUCUCUUCCCACAAGGAGAGGGCUAAGAGACAGAAGUGGGGGGUGUCCAGCUUGUCCCUGUCUCCAGCAGAGGACUGGGGUAACCUGCCCCACCACGUCGUCCUGCAGAUCUUCCAUCAUCUGUCCCUCAUAGACCGGGCCAGGGCCUCGUCCGCGUGUCGCUGCUGGAAUGAGGUCUUUCACACCCCCGACCUGUGGAGGAGGUUUGAGUUUGAGCUCAAUCAGCCGGCCACCUCCUACCUGCGCCCCACUCACCCUGACCUCAUUCAGCAGAUCAUCAAGAAGCACGCCCAGCACCUGCAGUACAUCAGCUUUAAGGUGGACAGCUGCAUCGAGUCUGCAGAGGCGGCCUGUGACAUUCUCUCCCAGCUGGUGAACUGUACCAUUAAGACCCUGGGGCUGAUUUCCACAGCACGGCCCAGCUUCAUGGAUGUGUCCCAGGCUCACUUUGUGUCUGCACUGACCGUGGUGUUUGUCAACUCCAAGUCCCUGUCCUCUAUCAAGAUUGAUGACACCCCAGUGGACGACCCGUCCUUGAAGGUGCUGGUUGCCAACAACAGGGACACACUCAAGCUGCUGAAGAUGAGCAGCUGUCCUCACGUCUCCCCAGCAGGUAUCCUGUGUGUGGCAGAUCAGUGCCAUGGCCUAAGGGAGCUGGCAUUGAACUACCACCUCCUCAGUGAUGAGCUCCUGCUUGCUCUCUCCUCUGAAAAACACGUCCACCUGGAGCACCUGCGCAUUGAUGUGGUAAGCGAAAUCCCCGGCCAGACGCACUUUCACACCAUCAAGAGGAGCAGCUGGCAGGCCCUGGUCCGACACUCGCCCAAGGUCAACAUCGUCAUGUACUUCUUCCUCUACGAGGAGGAGUUCGAGCCCUUCUUCCGAGAGGAGACUCCCGUCACCCACCUGUACUUUGGCCGGGCCGUCAGCAAAGAGAUGCUGGGCCGCAUUGGACUGAACUGCCCUCGGCUGGUGGAGCUGGUCGUGUGUGCCAACGGCCUGGAGCCCCUGGACGAGGAGCUGAUCCAGAUCGCAGAGCGCUGCAAGAGCUUAACGGCCAUCGGGCUCGGCGAGUGUGAGGUGACCUGCAGUGGCUUUCUGGAAUUUGUGAAGAUGUGCGGGGGCAGGCUGACUCAGCUGUCAAUCAUGGAGGAGGUGCUGAUCCCAGACAGCAGCUACAACAUGGAGCAGAUCCACAGCGAAGUGUCCAAGCACCUGGGCCGCAUGUGGUUCCCCGAUAUGAUGCCCACCUGGUAGGCUGGAGCCGGAGAGAGGGGCUGGUAAUGAAGUACAUGACUUUCAUGGACUUACUGUAUGAGGAUUAAAUGAGUGAUUUAAACAGUGUGUCCACAGCUACACAUUGUACUGUGGACCUGUUGUAAAGCUUGUGCCGUGCUCUUUUUGGAUGAUUAGUUGGUGAGAGACAGGUUCUCUGACAUCAGUGUUCUUGGCAGGCUUUCUAGAAGACGGACCAUUGGCUCGUUCUGAUGCUGUCACUUCUAUUUUUAUUUCUGUCUGGCUUUCUCCUGAGCACUCAGCUUUCUUUCGACGCAUAGACUUCUCGAUGUGAACUUUUGGACGUGUUGUUAGACUCUCUCAGGUCUUGAAGGAAGAUCGGAAUGCCAACCAUUGUGUGUGUGAAGGACGUGGAUCUGCCAUCUGCUCAUGUUAAAAGCAUCAAACUGUAUAAUUUAUCCUGAACAGCAUCUCAUUCCAGGUCUUAUCUUAUGGUAAAACUAUGUUAUUUACUCUGAGUUUGAGAGACAGAGACCACGCCUGGACUCAUCAUCACUCCAGUAGAGUAGAGAGACUAUUAACAAUAAUGUAGCAGAGAGAGAACAAGAGUUUCCAGUUGCUGUCCAGUCACUGUCAGAACAAGCAUCACACAUUCAUGUAAAACACAAUAGGUCUUUUGUGUUCUUGUCUAUUUGUGUUUGCGUGAGUGGAGACUUAACUAUUUCAUCCUAACCUACAACAUCAUUCAUCAUUAAUAUGCGGGAAAUUAAUGACAUUGAUAUUUAUUGAAGAGUCAUUUUUAAGCUUUUUUAAAAGGAUUGUUUCUGGUGUUCUUUAUUUUUUAACCUACCUGUUAAUUUAGGAAUCCUGGUUGAAACAGAUGUUCUCAAGACUUAAUCUUUUUAUGUUGUUUUAUGUUUAAAAAAGUGGCCUUUGUGCCAAAUAUCUGUUAAUCAUAUUUUCAUGUUGCAUUCUUUUUUUCUACCAUAUUGUACAAAUGUAUUUUAAGCAAAAUACGACAAAAACAGGCCUAUAAAGCAUGUGGUGCUGGAUUGUGCCACGUGGAAUAUUAAAACCCUAAAGAUUGUAUUUAUUAAUUAUAUGUAAAAUAUGUAUCAUGUACGUUUACAUGGUUUUCCUGUAUGUGCAGCAGUUCGCUCAGGUCUGCUUCAGUGUAACUGCCAUUUUCUUUUUACUCACACUUUUGAUCCUCAGUAAAAAUGUGGCUGAUUCACUUGUGUGUUCUCGGGGCUCAGAUGCACUGAAGCCUGGUCGGAUGUGUUUUUCUGACUUUGUCCCAUUUGACCUUUCUGCAGCUCUUAGUUUCCAGCAGUAGAGGGCAGCAGUGGUCUUACUGGAGUCAGUGGGACAUUAUAUAAGCAGAGCUGCUGCUGCUGUAUAAUGAAGUACCAGCAUGCCAAUGAUAACUCAGCCCUUUUAACAA